CAUGCAUCAUCUGCCCGUGGGGCAAGCAGGGGGCGGUCUGCAUGGACGCCCAGGGCAACUUCUACGAGCUGCCCGCCCACACGCCGAAGAGCAUCGUGGACAGGAUGGGCGACGGCGAGUGCUUCACGGCCGGCUUCAUCUACGCCACCUUCGUGCGCAGGCGCGGCCUGAGCGGGGCCGUGGACUUUGCCAACCUCGUGGCCAGCCACAAGAUCGCCAGCGUCGGCUUCGACGACAUCGCCAACCUCCAGAUCAGUCCGCAGAAGCUCGAGCCGCCGCCCGUUGAGGACAGCGAAAGGUCCUCAGAGUCCGAGGACCUCACCAACGAGCAGCGCACCUGCCGCAAGUACCUGAACCGACCCUUCUAUACCUUGGAGCCACACAACAGCUCCAUCCACGAGGCCGUCGUCGGCCCCGAGCCAGAGUCGGAGCCAAUGUCGGAAGAUACUGUGAAGGCUGCCUGGGAACGUUUGAGCAAGACGGCCUAUUAAAGGCAAAGACUCGAGAGGGGGAACUAGUCCAGGACUGCCAGCACAUUGAUGAUCCACUCUACAGACUCCACUCUCCAGUCUCCAGUAUGCGAUGGUGCCAGUCGUGGCUGGAGGAGGAGGGAGGAGACUCGUCUUUGCUUUGUGCCCUCCAGUGGGACACGAUAUUUAGGGAGUAGCAUGUGCCUCCUCGAAUAUAAUGAGUUGUAAUUGAACUUUAA